AGAAGUAAUUAACCAAAACACGGGAUGCACGUGAGCACGCACGCCAUAUAUCUUUUAAGUUCGCCACGUAAAUUACGUCGACGUGUAGUUAAAUGUAUGCGCAGUUCUAAGGUGGCUUUUUUUUUUUAUUUCGGAUUCCUGUUAGCGGGGGUAUUCGUUUGAAUUCGACGUGUCGUUCGCCUGAUUCCAGGCACGUUCUUCCGCGUUACGAAUUUUAUCUAGCGAUUAUCGGUCGUUCGGCGGAAGGACGCCGUGCAAUUGUAACGAUUAGGUGCAACGAAACUAGGUCGAAAUGGGGGGCGGUUUUUCAUAUAAGCUCGAGGAACAACGGGGACCGUUCACGUUCCUAGAACACAAACGGAAGGAACCGUUUUGCGCUCUCAAGAGGCAACCGUUUAUAGUCUUUUUGGUCUCGCUUCGCCAUCUUUCUUGGCUGCCAUUUUGCGUGUACGAUGAACGUCCUGAGCUCGUACGUUCUCGCUCUUUGCCUCUUUAUUCGCGUCUCCGUUCACGUUCACGCAUGGACGAUCUCCUAUAGAGACGACAUUGACAAUGAAGUCGACCGAGAGGAGCUGGAACGAAUGCAGUUGAUAUUCCCAGGGACGAAAUGGUGCGGAAGUGGUAACAACGCGGAGGGUCCACAGGACCUCGGAAAAUUUAAGCAAACCGAUGCGUGCUGCCGAGAUCACGACAUGUGCUCAGACAUAAUCGAGGCCGGACAGACGAAGCACAAUCUGACCAAUACUAGCUUCUACACCAGGUUAAACUGCAAAUGCGACGAGAAGUUCUACCAUUGUCUUAGCAAGUCGAAGGACAACGGCAGCAAGCCGGUAAAAUUCACUUAUUUCACGGUCCUACACACGCAAUGCUACCAGAAAGAUUACCCGAUCGUACGUUGCAAAAGAAAGACUUUCAUUCCUCCUAGACGGUGUUUGGAGUACGAGCUGGACAAGAAUAAACCGAUGAAGUACCAGUGGUUCGACGUACCCACGGCUGCAAUGAGGUCGCGAUGAAUGUUCGCGACAAAUGAUUACAAUUUGUGUUUAGUCAAAUGUAGAAUAAAAUUACAAAUUAUCCGAAUAAUAACUUUCCUCAUC